GCGCGUCGCCAUUGGUGUGGGAUGAUGUCAUCCACAGCGGAGACAAUAGAGCCCACCUCCCCCGUCAGUGUCUCCUCGCCACACGCGCACCGCGGCUCGGCGUGACACACGCUCGGACGUGACGCCAGCUGAGUGAGCCAAGCACUUCUGAUGACAUUCGCUGCCGUGUCGGUUCAGUCCGGAGCCCAACCGAGCACGCCGAGCAUCUGCCACUCAGACCGGGGCUCCUCUCUCGUUACGCUCCCACGCAGAGGAAAGUGUCACACAUCUGGAUCAGCACACUUAACCCACCGGCUGGUUCCGCUCGGGGUCCACGGCAUGAGGCGUGAGGAUUUGUGACUCGGCUGCGCGUGAGUGAUGAACACACAGCGGGACUCUUGAUGCAAGGCUGAAAGAGAGGGGUGGAAAAGAGAUGAGGAAACCAUCACCAGACUACGCCAGGACUUAAACAUGGAGACACCGGAGUGCGCUUUGCUUUCCCGAUGGCUUUGCAUAAACCCAGAUGCCUCCCCUCCCUCUUGACGAGCGCAUAGUGGUCAUUCAGCGCCCUAAAAACGUGUGUGAGGCUUCCCCACAAACCAUCCCGCAGCAUUCCUCUCAGAUAUCAGCCUCUACCAAUGGACGGGUUUCCCAGCCUUCGCAUCUCCAUGCCUCUCAUUCCCACUUUUACUCACCCGCGUGUAAAUCUGUGAGUGUGGAAUGCAAGCGCAGGUCAUCCCGUGUGCAGAGAUUCAAGGGCGACCAGCCUGCCAUCCCAGCAGAUGUCCUCCACAUCCCGAGCCACUGCCAUAGCAAUGGCACAGUAACGCUUGCCCCACGGCUUCCCUCCCACACACAUACUAUUGAUAUCAAGGUAUCGGUGGACAAAGGGAGACGGGGAGGAUUAAGUAACUCAUUAGGGCGCGCUGGAAUUGUAAAAGGCGGCAGAGGGAAAUGCGUCUCUUCCCAGUUUGAUCAAGGACAAUGCGAGAGAAAAACCGGAAGCUUUGGGAGGCCCUGUGGAUUCGAGCACAAGCCACAACAAGUCCGUCAGCUGUCGUCGUCCCCUGGAGGGAUCCUCCAGUUUGUCCCUGCUCAGGCAAAUCAGCAUACAUUCAGGGGUGAAAAAGAGAAAGAAAACUCCAGUUUUCAUUACAGAGGUGACCAGGAAUUUCCCUCUUUGGGUCACAGGAAAAGUUCCAAGCUGGGAACUGUUCAUCAAAGCCAUAAUAGCCACAGUCUGCCCUACCACCACCACUCUGUUYCUGUUCCCCAUGCCGCCAUCCUAAACUCCACCUAUCCUUCGUCUCCCCCAUCCCAAACCACUCAUGUCCCAGUCUCCUUUCAGCAGCUUAACCAACCUCACCCUCCUCGCACAAGGGAUCACCGCCCUCACAUCCUUCAUGGUCUUCCGCUGUCCCCUUGCUCCUCCCGUGUCGGAGGGUUCCCUAGUCCAGACCACACUUGUACCAUUGACUGUGCGCACCCAUUCAACUGUGGCUGCUGGAGGUUGGUAAGAUGCACGGGAUGUAAAGGAGACUCUUCCAGUUACCAAGGAGGUGGAGGAAGCACUUCUACCUCAUUUUCCUGUGGCCACAAUGUCGGCGCAGUGAAGAGAGGAAGUAAAGACAUGGGCCUGAAGAAUAUGGGUGGUUGCCUCUCCACCGCUUCCACAUCAAACACUUCCUCGUCUAACAGCACUGCUUCUGAUUGUCGAGCAGCUCUGUUCAAACCUCUACCUUGUGCCUCCUGCGGUGGAGAGGCUGGAAACUUUGAGAGUCCUGCUAUCCUUCGGAAGAAGCUAGUAGGAGGAUGCCUUCCCUGUAYUUCUCUGUCGUCUUCGACCCCUUUGCGGGCGAUCCAAAGCUGUGUGUCUGGUUGCAACAACAAGGCAUCUCAGACUGGCAGUUCUUCCUGCAGCUACUGCAGCAGCGACCCGAUAGUGGUGACGUUCAACCCUCGCCGGGGAAAGCCUCCUGGAAGAGGCUUAGGACCGACUCACCCAAUGGCUAUGCUACAAGCUGACGAUGACGACUACAGCGUGCGCACCAUCUGGCCUGAGGAACUGGCCAAGAAAAUGACCCAUUCCAAAGCCCAAAAGAACAACUACGCUGGGAUGGGUGUUGGGAAAASCUGCUCUAGCCAGACCCAGAAUGGCAGUAACAGACCCGACCUUGCCCUCUUAGACUGUCAGAACCUUCAGGAAUACGCUCAGACUAAUUUCACAGACCAUGCUGGCCGACGACGGCUUCAGCAAGGCAAAAUGGCUGCCCUUGGUUUUGUAGGCAGCAGGUUGGGAUCUAGCUACGAUGACGGCCGUAACUCGUUGAAGAGGCUCUUGAAUAAAGCGGAAGAUGUUGGAAUGAACGACAGUCCUGAGCAUGGCCAAGUGUAUCCACGAUCCCCCUCUCCCUGCUCCGUGUCUCCGCCAUCACCCGUGUCCUUUUCCCCUCCCCCUUCGGCCCCCAGCACACUCAUCAAACCCAAACCCUGGCAGAGAGAAAGGGAGGGAGGACACUCUCUGCCGUCGGCUCAGUCCCUUCACCUGGCUCUGAACUCCCUUAACAGAGAGCAAGAUGAGGAGAACAACCGAAUGAGGCUAUCUUUGCCACUCUCCUCAUCGCUGCCUGCCUCCCUGUCCGAUGAGACUGUGAUGACUCCCGAUGCGGAGAACGCCGUCAUCAGCCCGAUCCUGCCCUUCCUGUUCCUGGGGAACGAGCGAGACGCCCUGGACCUGGACCUGCUGCUGCACCUCAACAUUGGCUAUGUGGUAAAUGUGACCACACACCUGCCCCUCUACCACACCAACGCGGGGCUGCGCUACAAAAGGCUCCCAGCCACUGACAACAGCAAGCAAAACCUUCGCCAGUACUUCGAGGAGGUUUUUGAGUUUAUUGAGGAGGCAUAUCAGAGUGGACAGGGCGUGUUGGUUCACUGCCAGGCAGGUGUGUCCCGUUCUGCAACCAUCGUCAUCGCCUACCUUAUGAAGCACACCCUCAUGACCAUGACGGACGCCUACAAGUACGUGCGGAGCCGUCGGCCCGUGGUGUCGCCCAACCUGAACUUCAUGGGUCAGCUCUUGGAGUUUGAGAGGGACCUCAACUCCGGGGUGACUCCUCGGAUCUUGAUGCCUAAGCUAAAUGGUGUGGAGACGCAGGUUUGAAGGGGGCAGGGGGUCGACGGUCAGGACUGUGUAGCAUUGAAGGGGUAUUAAAAAGAAAAAGAGUGCAGCACAUUUUUUAGAGCGACAGGUCGAGAGAGAAUCUUGGCGGGUUUGGCAAAUAGUGCACUUUCAAUACUGUGAAACACGAGACAGAGGACUGGAUGGUUCAUUUGUUUUAUUGUUAGGCAAUUUGAUCCCCAUCCAGCGUACUGUUCAUAAGAUAAUGUGCCAAUAUUUUGUACAGCUCCGACAUAAUUCAGAUAUCUUUUUUUAAGAUCUAAUACCUCUUCCUUUUUGUUCCUGUUUACAACGUCAACGUUCAUGCAGGAGGAGCGACUUUCUUGCCCGAAAUCAUAAAUGCAUGCAGAACCUGAAUGCACCAUGGAAAGGGUUCAUUGUUAUUCAUCUACAACAGCUCUUUACUACUUUCCACCACAUGUAGCAGCGCAAUGCACUUUACUGCCCAUUCAUUUGUUAUCAGAGAGAUGAGGUAGGACCUCAGUUACUGUUUUUAAAUCAUUAACUUUGCUUUCAUUUAAUCAGUUUCAUUGUUUCUUUCAGUUUGAGCUGUGGAACAGUGAGGUGUGGACCUAGAAAGUAAAGUUUUUUUUGUUUGUUUGUUUUUUUGCCAUUUCGGUAGUUAAAUCUUGCAGACUUGUUUAAAUGGUGCAUUAACAUGCAAUGUGGAUGCGAACAAUUAGAAAUGCAGGUUUUACAAUUGUAUAAAUGCAUUUAUUCCACUACAUGAGCAUUUCCUAGCAAACAGUUCAGCAGAUGGUUGGUUCCUGCUGUUGCAGUGUGCUUUUAAAUCUUCUCAAAGUGUGAAAACUAAUUUAGUUUUUCUUUCUUUCUAUGUUAGGUUGUAUUUCUGUGUUUUCUGCUUAACAAAAAGUAGUUUAAUAUGUAGCAUGAAACAGAUCUGCAGGUUUUUUUCUAGAAAUCGAGAGAGCACAUGGGUGACAUGUAAGGUCCUGCAAAGCUUUUUAGGUCAUAAAAUUGUUUCUGCAUUUUAAAAAAUAUAUAUAUAUAUAUAAUUAUAAUAAUCUGCCCCGCUGCAGUUUGUUAUUCACUAAACGGAGCUCAUUUGAAGUAGCACAGUGUUGUUUAAAAGCCUUCAAAUCCAUUUGUUUUUAUUGCAGUAGCAUAGUUUAACACUGAAACAUGUAGAAAAGCCCAACCUUUAAUUUGAAAACAUUUAUUUUAAUGGGGGGAAAAGGUUUAGGAGACUUUAACAUAAACUCUUUCAGAGUUAAUGGCUCUCCCGCUGUCAGUACAACUGGUGCCGAUUAUUAUUAUUUUUUUCUUUAAUCAUUUCUGAAGGAGGUGACGUGGCACUUCUGUUGUGCCCUAUAAAGCUCAAGUAAAGUUUAGCAAUCCCAACAUUUUAGUGUUUUUGCCAGUACCUGUCCCAAACAGCCUGGUUGCAUCCAGAUGAUGAUGAUGGUGAUGAUGAAAUUAUUGCUGAUUCCCAAUCAGACGAUCUAAAAAAAAAAAAAAGACUCCUAAAAAUGAAAGAACUACUUACAAAAGGCUUCAAGUCACGUUUAUGCUAAAAGUGUUUUUAGAGGUACUAAUAACUGCUUUAAAACCAAUUAUUCCUUAACAUGGGACUAAACAAAUAUAUUCACAAUGUUUCAUACGUAUUUUCUUUAUUGUCAGAAAUUGCUACUGUAAUAAAAGCUGAGUGUUUUGGGCUUUUUUACAUGGCAGUAGAUGUGGAUGCCGAUGCAUUUUAAGUUAUUUGCAGCCUUCAAGCCAAAAAUCUUUGAAUUACUUUCACACCAUUAACCAUCAUCAGUCCUAAUAUUAUUAUUAUUCCUGAGCUCGGCUCAUGCGGCUUGCUGACCUUCUCCAUUACUAUGCAUUAUCUUGAUAACAAGAAGUUUGGUUUGGUUUGAAAAUGUUUCUUGAUUCACUGUGAACUAUUUUCCAGAGUGGUUCAGACUCAGAGAGAGAGCGAGAAUAUAAUCUGUUACAGGAUGAUUACAUUCAGUUUAAUUAGCUCAUUAUAACUCAAUAAAAAAAAUGGUCAUUCGACAGUAGAUGAGGAGUUGAAGUGCUGUAGAUCCAGCGGAUCUUCAGCUAGCAGAACUUCAAGCAUUGUAUUUGACUGGAUGUAAAGUCUUUUAAUUUGUUGGAGCAGAUUUUUCUCAAAUAAGAUCACAUUUAUAUUUUUAACAGCAGUGCAUACAGAACAUUGCCUUGCAAAAGUAUUCGUUUAAUUCGAGAUUCUAAUGUUUGUUGGAGGAUUUUUAUUAAACACACCAGCUCCGCUUUUUUUAAUUUGGAGGCAUCCGAAUCGAGGGGGCUAAACACAUUUAUAGGACGCACUUUUCAGAAUUUUAUUUUUAUUUUUUUUCUUAAUCCAUCCAAUAAAAACCCAAUUGAGGUUUAUGGAUAUGUGAGCAAAUGUAGGGUAUGAAUACUUGCAAGGCAUUGUAAUUUGGUCCAAACUUUCACUGGAAGUGAACUCGGUUAUUGAUGCUCCUCCUGACAAACUUAAAAGCAGCAGCUUUUGUUUUUGUUGACGGCGGCGGAGGGCAAAGUAUGCAGAUUUUUGACGCAUUUCUUCAAAUUACAAAUUACUUGAAGGUCCAAACAGUAGCAAAGUAUGUGUAUGCGACAGAUCAAAGAGCCGCAGUACACCAGAAUUCUCUGCUUUUCUCAAGUAUUCGACUCCGACUGCAGUUAACCCUUUUCUUUCUCGAGCUGUUAUUAACGUGAGGUCUGGCUCCAGUUGUCUGAAAAAAMCCAAAAUGCCUUUAGUUUGUGUAAACUGGUACACAGCUGCUGUGGAAACUGGGUGAACAAAUCCCGAAUUUUACUUGGUGGAUUUAUUUUCUGACUGAUCGACUUUGUUAUAGUUCUUAUAUUUUUCUACAGCCAUACUUAUUUUCUUUUUUCUUUUUUUUUUUUUGUUGUAUUUACAUGCAUUUUAUUUUCUUUUUUAAACACGAAGGUCUACAUGGACAGAAUGACUCCCUCCAACUCUGCCAUGACAGUUUGGAUGUUGGCGAACGAGGGUCAACAUGGCGCGCUCGUGUUUUGGUGAUUUCCUUUUUUUUUUUUUUUUUUAUUUAACGUCUCGCCUUCUUUCAGCUGGAGAAACGUCAGCCCGACCACUCCUCCUCCCAUCUCUGCAGCUCAGCUCACCUUGAAAAGAGGAAGAGAGAGAGGUGGCUCACUCGCUCGCUUGCUGUUGCUACCAGAUUUUUUUGUAUGAACUCUAUAUGCAAAAUGGCUGCCGACGCGGAUUACUUUAAUGUCACACUGUGUGAAUUUGCUGCGCAGCGGGGUCGUUGCUGACCUCAAGAGAGACUCUCUGGAGGAAAUUCUUUAAUUUAUGGAAACUGAAGGGCCUCUUUUUGUGAGUGUGUGUGUGAGUGUCUAUGUGUGUGUUCAGAUUUUCUGUUUGUCUGCUUCUCUUGGACACAAAAAAAAACUGGGUUAUUUCUUGCUGGCCAUCUGGGAACGUUGUAUACUUUCACUUACUUCGGGGAACUCCAGUUAUUCCUGUUUUGAAAGCUUACUUUCAAACUUUGUGGAAUAAUUUUCUGUACCAAAUUCUGAAUUUGAGGUUAUUAAUGGUUCAGCUGACGAAGAGAAAUCAAAGUAGAGCACCACCCUCCUCCAUCCUGAUGGGGGGGCAAGAACUCUUCUUCAGGUACGACGUCGUCAUAGUAACGCUGUGCUGUUUCUCCAUCCCGCCUCCAACCAGAGACCCAGAAACUCGUAUAAACUUCCCUCUAGCGCUGCCUCCUCCUUCUUCCUCCGCCCCUUUGUUUCUUAAUGGAUUGUUCCUCUUUAACCAAUUGUAAUAUUUUUCAUAUUGUAGCAUCUGGUCCUUGUAUUUAGGCAGUUUUUUUUUACCUCCAUGUACCGACUAUACUCUUCAUAAUCCUUCUGAGGUGCACUGUGACAAACACGAUGCUGCUAUAUCAAAAGACUGAGUAUGUUGGUCACAUUUAAGCAGAUGGGCUGGUGACUGGGAGCCCCUGCUUGAUUUGUUUCAGUUGGAAUCCAUGUGCUGCCGCUAACGUUUUCCAGCUUGAAAUGCACAAACGCGGGAUCUGUAGCUGUCCACGGUGGUCUUCCUCUGCGAGUAUUAUAGAAAAGAAAGCAAAGUGUCUUUACUGUGUUGCUUUCUUUUCUGCAGCACUAGUGAUUCUGGCCAAUAUUCUCUCUAACCGGUGAUGGAUUUAUGACUGAAUCUCCUUGCUAAGCCCAACAUGCGGUACAAUUAUUUAGAUUUUUAAUACAAUUCAUUUUGUUUUUAUUAUAUAGGCAUUCAAAUACUGUUGAGCCAUUCAUGCUGAUACUAAGAUUUUGAGAAGAUUUGUAUGACAUGUUGCAAAGGAUAAUAAAGAUGCAGAUGUGUGUGUG